CCGUGUUUUUGUUUCGCGUGAAGGCAUUUGCCAUACGUUUCGUGCGUGUUUAGGCGGUGUUUUCGCGUAUUAAUGGAUGCGUUUUGUUCACGCAAUUAAACCACACACAUACACACGUCGAGCAGCAGAGUACAACAGUCAACAAUUGGUGGAAACGCGGGGCACUGACAACGUGUUUGAACGUGCUUAGCGGGUGAACCGCGCUAUUCCGCGGUUUUCGUCCGUUCGGACCUAGUGCAAAGAAGUGGCCAAUCGUGUGCGUCCAGUUUAUGCUGUGAAAAUAGCGAUACAAAAAGCCAAUAUUAAUUGUCUCCUAUUCAACAACAAAGUGGACGAAUGCGUGAAUGAGAGCCGCGUACGCUUCAGCGUUGCAAUACGAAUGCUAAUACAAAUGGCCUCAGCCUGAAACCAGACACCCACACCCAGUGUAAGUGGAGUAGCAACGGGAAGGAAAGAAACAUACCGCAGGAGAAAAAUCAAGUUGCGCGAAGAGAGUCACUGAAAGCGUUGGGUGCAAAGCGCCAUCUCGCAUUGUGGAAAUUGUGCUAAAGAGGUUCAUCAGUACGCGGUGCAAACAAUUGACCGGAGCCGACCGCUCGUGUAUAUCCUGUGCAGGAAGUUGCAGCUGGAGUAGUGCGAGAUUAAGCUGAAACAGCCGGAUUAAAACUGCUCACCGAUCGGUGAAUUCCAAUUGAUCCAACAGCCGGCGAAGGUCCCAACACCGAAGGAAGUGGGAUAAUUUUGUGCUCUUACGCGGUAGAGAAAAAGAAGCAAAAAGUUUUAAUCAAAAAAUCGGAUCAAAUAAUUUUUUGUUCCAUUCCAUUCGUUGAUUGAUAAAUUGAUUGAUCGUUAGUGGCUUAAGUGUCGGUUCGACGGCGGCCGGUAACGGGCGCCCACCUUCCCCCCACCGAGUGUGUUGUGCGAUCGUGUGUAAAAGGAAGCCUUUGGGAAGGAAAAAGGUCAGCCAGCGAAGCAAGAUAAAAAAAAAUGAAAGAAGGCGUUGCUGGUGUAAUUAUUGGGAAGUAAUUUUUCGUAGUUUUUACCCCCGCCGCGCGGUUUUUUUUUAUUCGCUUUCGCGUUCGUUUCCACGCCAUUUGGAAGAAGAAAAACCCUCCGAGCGGGCGUUACGAAUCAAUCGGGUGCGGUGCGGAUCGUGCGUCCGGGCGGAUGAUAAUGGUUGUGGUGCACAUCGAAAUGAAGCUGAUGAUGCUGGUCCGGCUGGUGCAGGAGUGGGCCGUAACGAUCGCGGCUCGAUGAUCGCCGAAAUAUAUUGUUUGUUCGAUAAUGAAAUCCAAUUAAUUGUAAUUAAUCUCUCAAAACCGUAAAAAAAAGCUGCAUUUCUGCGCAGGAGGCAAUCCGUGGAGCAAAAAAAAAAAGUGGAAAGCAGGGGUUUUGUGAGCUGCGCGUGUGUGUGUAUGGUGGGGAGACGACGUAGUGAAUGAAUCGGCGGCAAACGUGUCUUGAGGGGAAAGAAAUAAAAUUUGUAAUAAUAUUACACCCGUACGUGAAGGUGAAAAUUGAAAACAAAAUAAGUGGUUUCCGGUGUGCGUUUCAAAUUGCGGCAUUUCGUGGCAUACACAUACUCCACGACCCGACCCGAACGGGCGGGAAGUUGAAUUGUUUUCACCCUGUGUUUGUUUUUGGCGUUUUUUUCUUUUAAUCGACGGCACAUCAAAUCGGUGUUGGUAGCUGAUCGUGCAUAUUCUAUAUCUUCAAAAAAAGAAAAAAAAUUAAAACCUACGGGAGAGGGAGAUAUGUUGUGAUUGUGCGCCACGAGUGAAGAAGUGAAGAAAAUUACCAACCGGGUGGUAGUGGUACGAAGUUAGUGCUUGUGUAUGUUUGGUGAAGAUUAUUCAUCCACUGAUUGCGAAUAAUUGAGAUAAAAAGCUUGAAGCGCGUGAAUCCCAUCCGCGCUUUCCAAUAAUAUCAAAGCGAUCAAAGCUUGAGCGUGAGUAAAUAGUGAGUGAAAUAGAUUUGCCGACCAAGAAGAACACAGAUUAAAGUGUGAGUGUGUGUGGUUUUAUUCUUCACAAAAACCCCCUCCCAGCAGGCGUAAUACAUCAUCAAUCAUGUAUCCAGCACCGACACGGCAUCCAUCGGCAUCGGUGAGUUCUUCAAAAUACAUCCCUUCAUAUCUGGGCGGACCGCCUCCCCAGGGGCGCCAGUUUACGAUAGCGGAAACGCUGGAACGGAUUAAAGAAGAAUUCAACUUUCUUCAAGCACAGUACCAUUCACUAAAACUCGAGUGUGAUAAGCUGGCCAGCGAGAAAACAGAAAUGCAGAGACAUUAUGUCAUGUACUACGAAAUGUCCUAUGGAUUGAACGUAGAAAUGCACAAACAGACCGAAAUUGCCAAACGACUGAACGCCCUCAUCGGACAGCUGUUACCAUUCCUGGCAACGGAACAUCAGCAACAGAUCGCAUCCGCCGUCGAGCGCGCGAAGCAGGUCACGAUGCCGGAACUGAACGCCAUCAUCGGUCAACACCAGCAACAGGGAAUUCAGCAACUUUUACAGCAGAUUCACGCCCAGCAGAUACCUGGCGGACCGCCCCAACCGAUACCGGGCCUGGGUGCACUCGCCGGUCCACUGACGGCGUUCGGUGGCCCGAUGGGUUUGCCACACGGUGCACCCCAAAGCAUGCUCAAGGCACCGCCCGAUCUGCACCGGGAAGAUUUGAAGGUACCGCUCGGUGGUCCGUCCGCCGAGGAGCGUAUGCGCAACUCGGUAUCGCCAGCGGAUCGGGAAAAGUAUCGGCCACGGUCACCACUCGAGCUGGACGGUGAGGCCAAGCGGCGGAAAGAGGAAAAACUUAACCACGAAAGUGAUGGUGAGAAAAGUGAUCAGGAUUUAGUGGUGGACGUCGCGAACGAAACGGGUUCACCUUCACCCCGACCGAACGGUGAUCAUCAGUCGGAUCGUGGCGAUCGGGACAGUAUCGGACUGAACGGUAGCGAUAAGGCCGGGUCGAGCAGCAUGAAGGGUGCCAACGAUCGACCACCGUCCCGUUCUGGUUCGAGUUCAUCCCGAUCGACGCCCAGCCUCAAAACGAAAGAUCUCGAUAAACCAGGAACACCCGGAGCGAAGGCCCGUGUUCCCACGCCCAACUCGUCCACACCCGGUGUCCCGAAAGCCGUAGUACCUUCACCAGCCGCCGGCUACCCACCCUCGCCAUAUCAGCGUCCGUCGGAUCCGUAUGCGCGGCCCCCGCCCGAUCCGUACGGUCGGCCUCCGAUGCCUUUCGAUCCGCACGGUCACGUACGUACCAACGGUAUUGCGCUACCCGUGUCAAGCGGAAAACCUGCCUACUCUUACCACAUGAACGGUGAAGGUGCCCCGCAGCCCGUGCCGUUUCCUGCGGAUGCCCUAACGGGACCCGGUAUUCCACGACAUGCCCGCCAAAUCAACACGCUGUCGCACGGUGAGGUCGUGUGUGCGGUCACCAUCUCCAACCCGACCAAGUACGUCUACACCGGCGGUAAGGGAUGCGUGAAGGUGUGGGAUAUAUCGCAGCCCGGUAACAAGAGUCCGGUCAGCCAGCUGGACUGUCUGCAGCGAGACAACUAUAUUCGCUCCGUGAAGCUGCUCCCGGACGGCCGCACACUGAUCGUCGGCGGUGAAGCUUCGAACCUCUCGAUCUGGGAUCUGGCGAGUCCGACGCCAAGGAUAAAGGCCGAACUAACGUCGGCCGCACCGGCCUGUUACGCGCUCGCCAUCAGUCCCGACUCGAAGGUGUGCUUUUCGUGCUGCAGCGAUGGCAACAUUGCCGUGUGGGAUCUGCACAACCAGACGCUGGUGCGACAGUUCCAGGGCCACACGGAUGGUGCGUCCUGUAUCGACAUCAGCCCGGACGGAUCGCGGCUGUGGACCGGCGGGUUGGACAACACGGUACGAUCCUGGGAUUUGCGAGAGGGUCGUCAACUGCAGCAGCAUGACUUUAGCUCACAAAUCUUCUCCCUCGGCUACUGUCCAACGGGCGAAUGGUUAGCGGUUGGUAUGGAAAAUUCACACGUCGAGGUACUGCACGCGACGAAACAGGACAAAUAUCAGCUGCAUUUGCACGAAAGCUGUGUCCUUUCGUUGAGGUUUGCCGCCUGCGGCAAAUGGUUCGUGUCGACCGGCAAGGAUAAUCUGCUGAACGCGUGGCGUACACCGUACGGUGCUAGCAUUUUCCAGUCAAAGGAAACCUCAUCAGUACUAAGUUGUGAUAUUUCGACCGAUGAUAAGUACAUUGUGACCGGGUCCGGUGAUAAGAAAGCAACAGUGUACGAGGUGAUCUACUAAAACCGGUUAGAACAUCAUGCGACCGCGUCAUAAUGUGCGACUCAAUGUGGAUGGGUUUUUGUUUAGGCUCGUCGCGAUAAACACAAGAGCGCACACAGCAUAACCCACAUUAAGUGACUUAAAACGUCGACAGAACGGCCUCGUGUGAACGGAAAACCCAAACCCCGAAGAAGUAAUGAUUGAGACAUUGAAAUGAUACAUUCAAGCAUGAAAUCAAACUGCUAUGUACAAAGUAAAGACCACACAACACCACAUAACAACACACAAACACACACACACACAAAGAAGCGGAAAAAGAAAGGAUCCGUUCGAUAGUGUUGACCCCUCUUGCAGAGGUGUGUCGCUUAUAUCUCAGUUAAUUAUUUGUUUUUUAGAUUUCUAAUCCUGUAAUAAUAUGUGAAACGCGCGUGUGUGUGUGUGUGUGUGGUUGCACAUGUUACGUGUGGAUGUGUGCGAAAGGAUGUACAUACAUGUAAGCGCGAGUGUGCGUGUGUGGGUGUGCUUGUGUAUAACAGUAGCGUGUAAGCUCAGAAGCGCAGAAUCACAAAGUAAAUAUUAAGUAACUUAAGCGUGUGACUAAGUGCGGUAGGUAGCAAAAAGUGGGUGAAAAAUGAAAGAAGAACUACUAUAGCAAUCGAGAAGAAAAAUAACAAACAAACAAAAACCAUAGGUCGAAACCAUUGACAAAAGAUGAGGUAGAAGGAGGAAGGGAAGAAAAAACACAAUUUACACAGACCUACUGCUUCGAAUGGAUGUGGAUGCACGGAGCUGUGCAUCAAAAUGAGCAGAAGGUAAAAGGAUUCACGAAAAACGCCUAAGCAUUGUCUAUUGUUAAAGAGUAAACGUGUGGAUUUGAAAUCGGGUUCAGUAGCAGAAAGCUAGCGAAAAAUAUAUUAUAACCAAAAGCAGGCGCAAG